AUGCGGCUCUAUUCACCUGCAAUCUGUUUGCGGCGAGCUGCCUCAACUAGUAUGUAUGCUCAUUCCAAUCAGUUCCAAGGAGGAGCCACACAGAGUAUGGUCUUAUGGAACUGCUCCCGACCGCAGUCAAGCCGUUCUCAUAUGACAUUGGGCGUAACCGAUUCUUCUCAUAAUAAGAACAUAAGAUCUUCUGAAGCGCAGAGUCUCAAGUACUUUGUCAGCUUAGUGGGCCGUCGAUUGCGUCGCGGAUUGUCAACCAGAGAGGGCAGUCUUAAUGUAAAGCUCGACAUGCUUUCACGUGACAGAAUGUCGGGUACUAAUUGGAAAUGGAGAGGCGUCCAUCAGAAGAUAGGAGCUACGGCUGGUGGGCUCUGCUUUGGUUUUUCAGUUUCAGGGAUCGCAAGAGCCGAGAUGCCUGUGGACAGAAAGAUCAAUUGUGCAGAAACUUCAGCGUCAUCUUCUCAUGGGAAGAAAGUCUACACGGAUUAUUCUGUCACCGGGAUUCCAGGAGAUGGGAGAUGCUUAUUCCGCUCCGUGGUUCAUGGGGCAUGCAUCCGCUCGGGGAAACCUAUCCCUAAUGAAGAUCUUCAGAGAAAGCUAGCUGAUGAAUUGAGGUCAAUGGUUGCCGAUGAAUUUGUCACUAGACGGGAAGAGACUGAAUGGUUUGUUGAGGGCGAUUUCGAUACAUAUGUUUCCCAGAUUAGGCAGCAACAUGUGUGGGGUGGUGAGCCAGAACUGUUCAUGGCUUCACAUGUUCUCCAGAUGCCAAUAACUGUGUAUAUGCAUGAUGAAGAUGUGGGUGGCUUAAUAACUAUUGCUGAAUAUGGCCAAGAGUACGGUAAAGAAGAUCCAAUACAAGUUCUGUAUCACGGUUUUGGCCAUUAUGAUUCCCUACAGAUUCAGAAGACAUAG